AUGGACGAAAUAAUUCAGGCAUUUGUCCAAAAAUGCGAAGAAACUCUGAAAAUGGACGAAGAACGCAAAUCAAUUUUUGACGAGUCCGAAUUCCCUUCUCUUCAAGCGGCGGAAGGCUUGAAACAGCGACCAAUCGCACAAGUACAACACCCUUCCUUAAAGAGUGGUGCCGACAUAAAAGAUCUGUUCCCAGAGGUACGAGUCAUAAACGGCCGUAUUGAAGUGCGUCUGACUAACCUUGGCUGUUACAGGUCUCCCUCUGAAAGAGCGAAACAAAUCAUGAUUUCCUCAAAGCAACAGGAUUUUUUUGAUCCCUCUGUCUUGAUGCAGCUCAUUGCAGACAAACCUGAGAAAUAUAUUGUCUGUAAUCUUCGUCUUAGUCCCGAAAAGUUGCACGUGGGUUAUGCAGAGGUAGAAGAUACCAAGACGCCAUCUAUUCACAUCAAGGGAAAGCUCCGUCAAGCAUUUCACAGAGACAAAGUUGUUAUAGAGCUAGCUGAAAGGAAAGCCCGUUCAAUGGCUGAUGAAACUGAGCCAGCAGUCCAAGGAAGAGUUGUUGGUGUACUUGAACACAUAAUAAGUCCACACGAACGUCAGUUUGUGUGUACAACAGAUUACGCAAAUCCUGCGGUGAUGGUGCCCAUCAACAAAGCAGCUACUAAACUGGUCAACCUUACAGAUAAGACUUGUGAUGAUAUUCCAAUGUACAGAAAGGAUCACAACGGAAGAGCCAUAAAAGUAAAAAUGUUUAAAAGAGAGAAAGUCCUCAGUGGGAAGUACCUCUUUGUUGUUAAAUACCUUCAGUGGAGAAGGGACUUCAGCAACCCGCUUGGUAUCGUUGUACGAACACUAUCCAGAGGACACGACUUGAGAACCAGCAUGGAGAUUGCGUACGCUGAGCACGGGGUGAGACGAGAAUUUAAAGAACAGACCUUGAGGUACGUGGAUGAUAACUUUCCACCAGGAUGGACUAUUCCUGAAGUAGAACGUAAUAAUCGCACCAAGGUUUCUGAUGCCAUCACAAUUGAUCCUCCCACAUCCCUGGACCUUGAUGACGCCUUGACGAUAGAGAAUGUAUCGCCUUCAACCUUCCUUUUAGGGAUACACAUUGCCGAUGCCAGUUUCUUUGUUAGACCAAACACUCCAUUAGACGAUGAAGCAUUUUCUCGGUGCUCUUCAUAUUACCCCCACAACGGACAUGAAAAUGUUCCCAUGCUUCCGCGCCAACUCAGUGAAAAUUUUUGCAGUCUUCUGCCCAAUGAGGACCGUCUUGCAGUAUCGGUUUUCGUGACCAUAAACGGAGAGGGAAAACUACUCGGUGAGCCAAAGAUAAAACGCACAGUUGUUCGAUCCUGUUGUCGUUUGAACUAUGCUAAGGCUCAGAUGAUCAUUGAUGAAAAAAAUGCGAGCACAUCAGAAAUUCCAGAAGAGAUAAAGGGGAAGGUUAGACGGUUAAGUUCCUUGGCACAAAAGAGGAGAUUUCAUCGCCUCCGAGAUCGAGCAUUCGAUCACUGGCAAAACGAAGGAAAAGACUUUGAAGCCCACGAGCUAGUAGAAGAAUGGAUGAUUCUUGCAAAUGAAGAAAUAGCGAAACUUUUGUCACAAAAGAACUCUGAAUUAGCACCUCUGAAGAUACAGUUACCACCAAAAGAUCACAGAUUGGCCGAAUGGAUUCAAAUGUACGGCAAGUAUGCAAGAAUGUCACUUACGUUAUCCGCAAUGUUUACGAAGGACACAAUAAACGCCACACCAUUAGAUGCUUUUCAUGAUGAAAGCAUCAAGUUUAAGAUCCAGAUGCAAGUUUGGCGUACAAUAUGUCAAGCCGUCGAGUCAAACGAUUUUCCCACACUGCAAUACCUAAUUUGCAAUGAGAGUAAUCACCCACAAAUUGCCACUGCUGUUUCACAUUUUCGACGUAUACAGUCUGAAUCUCGAUGCGUUUGUGAAGGCGACCAACCACCCGAGAACAUUUGCCACUACUCUCUCGGAAUACCUCGAUACACACAAUUUACGUCGCCAAUAAGGCGAUAUAUUGAUAUCGUGGUGCAUCGGCUAUUGAUUGGUCUCGUUUUGACGUCUUCCACCAAUAAUCACCCCACCAAAGAUGAAGUUUUAAAGGUGUGCCGACGUCAUACAUUUAUGCAAGACAACGCACGUAAAUUUGAGAAGUAUUGCAAGAGGAUCCAUCUGGCCACUCAGCUCCAGCAACGGUGUCGUGAGACACGAGUUUUCAUUGAAUCCAUUCAGCAUCAGUCCUUGCGUCUUCAAAUCUUAAAUAGAGAAGAUGAUCUCUUGGCUACUAAGAACAAAACAAUUGCCCUUCGUCACCUUAAUUUACUGACCGUGGAUGAAAAAAAAGAAUAUCAAGGUGAAGAACAGUCGAUCAUUCUCAAGUGGAAAAUCAGAAAGUAUAUGGCGCCAGAUUUCAAGAGAAACACCACAGAGUUAUCCAUUUCCAAUUACAGAGGCGUUGACGAAGUGAUCGAAAUUCCUCCUGAUGUUUGGGUUUCUGUGUUGGAUAUGAUUCGAGCUAACGACAAGGAGAAUCUAGUAACCACCAUCAAGAAAAUGCAAGAGAAGCUAAGCGCCAUGCCUUACAGUCGUAGGAAGGACACCUCAGCUCAAACGUCUUUUGGCCACGUGCAUGGUAUCCAUUACAAGCAUCCUCAUCACAAUGACGAGGCACAACCGUCAACUGAGGCAACAGUAGACCAUUUUUACGAGAAGAAAGUUACACUAAGAAAAUACGAUUUCCUGUCUGUGCAGCUCUGUCCUCGCAUGAUACGAGGAAUCCUCGAACCAGAUGUCCAAGUAUUUAAGGUAGAUGCUCAUCUCAAUGUCUGCAUUGAACACCGUAAGUAUCCAAGGGAGUCAUUUUCGCACACAGCGAGACACCAAGCAUCAAGGGAACGGUAUGAAAGUAUCGACGAGUACGUAGAAGCUUGGAAACCAGUUAUUGCGAUGGAGGCAGCGACAGAAGCGGUAAAGGAUAAUGAUGGGUGCACCAUUGAAAACCUUAACGUGCUAUGGAAACACAAGGCUGAUUCUGUAAGAGGAGAGUUUGAGCUUCCUUUCAGCUACUGUGAUAGUCGUCAAUUAAAUUUCCAUAUGGGAGAUCUCAUAUGUAUCCGUAUGUCUUACUGCGAAAUAUCGCCUUCUUCGGUGGAAAGUGAAAGCCACGGAAAGUCUUCCAAAGACGGUCUACAUUCUGAUUCAAGCGGAAGUGCUAGUGACUUUUGGGUGGCACACUGCAUUAUCAAAAGUGUUAAGUUUCUUAAAGAAAAACGGAUGGUAAAAGUGAAAAUGUAUCUUCAUCAAUCGGCGUCAACCACACCAGAGGGACUUUCCAACGAAGAGGGUUACAGAUGUACUCUAGAACUCAUCCACAGAACACUUCCUCAAAGACGAAUGUAUGCAGCGCUGUGCAGUUUGAAACACUCAUCUGAGCUAGUUCAUGCCAUUUGCAGAGGAGAGGAGCCUUCAAAAGAAAGUUAUGGCGAACUCCCCACAAGCCUGUUUUUGACACAGUUUGGAUUUAAGAAGUUGAACACAUAUCAAGAGGCCGCAGUCAAAGAAGCACUUUGCCAUCCAUUCACGCUAAUACAGGGCCCACCAGGUACUGGGAAAACCGUAACAGGAGUACACAUCGCCUACUGGUUCGCGGAACAAAACAAGACGAAAAAGUCUUUGAAGCUGUUGAAAAAAGAGACAAGUGAAACUGAAUGUGAUGGAGCACACAAAUCACCGCCUCAAGUUAUUUAUUGUGGACCGUCUAACAAGUCUGUGGACGUGGUUACAGAGCUCCUUUUGAAAAUGCCAGAUUUAAAAGUUCUCAGAGUUUACAGUGAUCAAAUUGAGCAGAAAGAGUUUCCAAUUCCAAACAAGUUGAAGCCAGCUCGAACAACGAGGAGUGAUGACGAACUGAAAAUCUCCAGUGAUCAAAUAAGGUCUGUAUCCCUUCAUCACGUGAUUAGAGGUCCUGAAUGCCCUCAUUCGGAAGAGCUAAGGAAAUACGAAGAAGGGUUCGCUCAGUGUAAAGCGAUGAAGGAAACUAUAGGCCAAAAGGAAGUCGCCGAUUACCGCAAGGUCAUUGGACUGGCUGAAAAGUGGGCUCUUCAAGAGUCUGGAGUUCAAAUCAUUCUCUGUACUUGCGCCGCUUCGGGAAGUCCUAGGAUAGUCUCUUCUUGCGACAACAUCCAGCAAUGCAUUGUCGAUGAAUGUGGCAUGUGCAUGGAACCUGAAUCACUAGUGCCUAUUACGUGUUCUGGAGCAAAACAAGUGGUUUUGAUUGGCGAUCACAAACAACUGCAGCCUGUAAUACAAGACCACGUCGCAAAGACACUUGGCUUGAGUGUGUCGAUGUUUGAAAGGCACUCUAAACGAGCUACCAUGCUGGAACUUCAGUACAGAAUGCAUGAUGGAAUUUGCGAAUUUCCAUCGAGACAAUUUUAUGAUGGAAAGCUACGUACAGCUGACGUGGUGAAGUCACGUGCUCCUAGUCCAAUUUCCUUUUGGCCUGCACAGAGGAAACUACCGAUUGUGUUCUGUCACGUGGAAGGGCAAGAAGAGUCUGCUGUCAUAGCAACCUCAGAGAGCAACGAGGAGUCCAAGAGAAACAUGAAAGAAGUUCGUAAGGCAGUUCAAAUAGCAAAGCAUCUUGUUAACCGUUACGUGGCCCAUGUGCAAAAGUCAGAUGUGGUCAUUCUGUCACCUUACAGAGAACAGCGAAGCAAAAUCACUGAACUCUUAAAGGGAGCAUAUGAGGAUAUCAAAGUUACAACAAUCACUAAAAGUCAAGGGAGUGAAUGGGAUUACGUCAUAAUAUCAUUGGUUCGAUCCGUGAACCGUGACGAAAUAGAUCUUGAGCCGUCCCUUUCUUGGCUUCGUGAACAUCUGGGGUUCUUGACUGAUGAGCAUCAAAUGAACGUGGGACUCACUCGAGCACGCAGAGGACUUUGCAUUAUAGGAAACAGGUAUCUCCUGGAGUUAGACCCAGCGUGGAAAAGCUUGAUAGAGCACUACGAAAAGAAUGGCUGUCUUGUGAACGAGGACUGGCCUCGGUCAUAAUUGAGUCACAGAAGUAAAUAUUUGUUUAAUCAACAAGACUGAAAUAUACUAAAGUCAGGGGAGAAUUUUAGAGAACUUUUUCAAGAUUAGAGCUUUUUGUAUUAUCUUCCAGGGAGUGGUGGUUUUGUAGGACAUGACUAGAAGGAAAGGAAUGGAAAGGAUUUCAGAAACUUAGUGUGACGAGAGUGAGGGAAUAUUCCAAUUUCUCUUUGAAGUCAAAUUCUAUAGCUUUUUUGAAUAUUAUUCAAAAAAUUAAGAUUGUUUUUUUAAAAGACGUGUAAAACUAACUUGAGCAGGAUACUGUUAUCCUAUAUUCAUCGCUUCGACAUUUUGGCGUCUAAUGCAUGCAAGUAGCAGUUGGCUUAAUUACUUCAAAUCAGAGGAGCAGAGCUGGAUUAAAAAUUAAGAUUGACAAUUAUUUUUCUCAAUCAAAAAUGUUUUGUAUUUAAUCUGAGAGCAGAAGUCUUUUUAAAAUCACUAAGGGCAAUCAUAACGCUCACGAUGGAUAUGUAAUACGAGUUUCGCUCCAAUCUAAUGCGUUCCUUCUCGCCUUAUUGUGUCAUCAUUCGUUCUAACGAAGGACUAAAGCAUUAUCUACUCAGUUAAUAAAACAAAAAUUAUUUUAUUCUACUCCCUCACCGAUGCAGACUAGAGGUCACCUAAUCGCGAGUUACUCCUAAACAAUAACGAUGAUGAAUAAUGAGCCUCGGUUUUGUCAUUCACUGUGCAUAUUCAUGGAGAUAUGCCCGUUUUCUUAACAAGUUUUACUCAAGAAAGAGAGGAGUU